GAGAACAAACCACCUGCAUGGAGCCCGGGCGUUAUCGGGCUUGAUGAUGCUUCAUGUACUCGAGUACUGUACUCGAGUACAGCAUUGUGCCAUACUUUUGCUGUGCCGGCGCUACCAAAUUGAUUAAUUGCCCCCCACUCUCCGAAAUCUACUCUGAUAUCCUAGAGCCAGAGCCAACCAGAUGCGUGCAACAAAAACUGUGGGACUGAAGAGUGCUUUUCCUUCCUUUCUUCCUCCUCCCUCCCUUACUCGAGUACAGUUGCAUUGCAGGGCAGGGCAUUUCGGGAAUUUAGCAUUGUUGCUUGCCACUGGGGAACCUUCAGCGCUAGAUUGAAAAUCGCGCAGUGAUGCCGGUGUUGGUGGUGGCCCCUCAUUUUGUUUAUCCGUGCAUACGUCAGGCGAUGGGUGCCCCUCCAAACUUUUGGUUUUGGUUUGGUUUGCUUGCUCUCAUGUUUGGUCAGACGCAACAUAAACCUCCGCCUCUGCUCUUUCCAUCCUAACUUUGUUGCUGUAGUUCGUUGCGUUAACCAUCCAUAACAGUUGCUCUAUCAAAGGAGGAGAACAAGGUCGGCCCUCGGAAUCAUCACUACUCCCUUUUGUGUAGGAAGGACUGCUCUUUCUGGUAAAUCAAGGCACGUUGACAUUCUCUCAUCAUUUCUGUGGUUUUCGCUUUCAAUUUUGUUUCCCUGUUUUUGCUAUAGAUGGACCUUUUGGGUUCGAGAUGUACCCCGCUCUGCUUCCCCGCUCAUCUGCUGUCCCAUCUUGUACGAUGGGGGUAUCCCAUUUUUAUUGCACUUCUAUGCAGAUGAGGGGGAUAUUUUUUCUUCUUGCCUUUAUCAGCCUGGAUGUUUCAUGUGGGAAUGUGCCGUUAACUGUUCAGAAGCAGGAACAAACCAUGCCUUUCAGUCUUGCUUCGGAAUUGCCCGCCUGGAAGACUCUCCAGGAUCAUUACCAAACCGUCAAGACAUUGCACUUGUCGGAUUUGUUCGCUCAGGACCCCAAGAGGGCCGAGAGGCUCUCUCGUUCGUUCCUUAAUGAUGCCGAUGGAAACGAGAUUUACUUUGACUUCAGCAAGAACUUCCUCACGGAGGAGACUCUUGGACUCUUGAUCAAACUAGCUAAGGAGGCUGAUGUCGAAGGACUUCGUGACCGAAUGUUCAGGGGUGAGAAGGUCAACUUCACCGAGGAGAGAGCUGUAUACCAUAUGGCUCUACGCAAUGUUUCAAACAGGACUAUGGAGGUUGAUGGGAGGAGCGUUGUUGAGGGCGUCAACUCCGUACUGGAGCAUAUGAAGGAGUUCUCGGAGCAGGUUCGCAGCGGUGGGUGGAAGGGGCAUACCGGUCAGCGCAUCAGGAGCAUUGUGAAUAUUGGAAUUGGUGGCUCCGAUCUGUGAGACUCUCCUGCCAUUCCUGACGAGCCUGAGUAUUAACAAUGAUGUAGUGGGCCAGUCAUGGUUACAGAGGCUUUAAGGCCUUACGGGCACCCUGACCUGACUUUGCAUUUUGUGUCAAAUAUUGACGGCACCCACAUCACCGAGGCCCUCAAGUCUUGCGAUGCAGAAUCGACACUGUUCCUGGUCGCUUCAAAAACCUUUACUACCGCCGAAACUUGUACAAAUGCAAACACGGCAAAAGAGUGGUUCUUGAAGCAGAAAGGUAUCGAUGGGGAUAGAUCUGCCAUUGCAAAACAUUUUGUCGCUCUCUCCACCAAUGAGGUGGAGGUCACCAAAUUUGGAAUUGACGCCCAGAACAUGUUCGGUUUCGAAUCGUGGGUUGGCGGAAGGUACUCUGUUUGGUCGGCAAUUGGAUUGAGUGUUGCCCUUUAUAUUGGAUUCGACAGAUUCCAUGAGUUCCUUGCUGGUGCUCACGCUAUUGAUAAUCACUUCCUAAGCAAGCCUUUGGAAGAGAAUAUUCCCAUUAUUGGAGGUCUUUUGAGCGUUUGGUAUAGCAAUUUCUUCAAUGCCCAAACUCACUUGGUCUCGCCGUAGGUUUACCCUCAUGAGUAGCACUUAUAUGAUUAUACUAAACACUUUGGAGCAGAUUCGACCAAUACCUUCACCGCUUCCCCGCGUACCUCCAGCAGUUGUCCAUGGAGUCGAACGGAAAGUCUGUUACUCGUGAUGGUAGCAUCGUAAAUUACACUACCGGGGCUAUCUUGUUCGGGGAGCCAGCCACCAAUGCUCAGCACUCUUUUUACCAGCUCCUUCACCAAGGAACAAAGUUCAUCCCUACUGACUUCAUUCUGGCCGCAGAGUCUCACAACCCUGUCGCGCCAGACAACAAGCACCAAUCGCAAGUAAACACCUCCCCCACCAAAUCCGGCAUUAGCUAAUCUGAGAAUAAGAAUGUUGGCCUCCAACUUUUUUGCACAGGCCGAGGCCCUCAUGGUCGGAAAGGAUGAAGGGCAGGUUCUUGCAGAGGGUACUCCCGAGAGGCUCAAGAACCACAAGGUAUUCCGUGGCGAUCGCCCAACCACCGCCAUACUAGCCCAAAAGAUCACCCCCGGCGCUCUUGGUGCCUUGAUCGCUUACUAUGAGCACCUUACCUUCACCGAAGGUGCCAUCUGGAACAUCAACUCGUUCGACCAAUGGGGUGUCGAAUUGGGCAAGUCCCUUGCGAGUAAGAGCUCUCCAUCCCAGUGAAUGUGGGGAAUUGUGACUGACAUUAUGGAUAGAGAAAAUUGGUUCCGAGCUCGAGACGCCCGGAGAUGUAUCUGGACACGACGGUUCUACCAAUACACUUAUCAACAAGUUUAAGAAGAUGUCCAGCGCGGGCAAGGUUGAGUACAAGCUUUAGCUUGGCGGUUUGGGGGAAAUUUUGUUUCCUAUUUAGCUUCUUUCCUGGGCCAUGCGAUAUGUAAUGUAGGGGUCACGUUUGCCUUUUUGGUAUCGUCUAUAGACUGUUGGUCCCCUUGCGUGGGUAGUUGCGGUGCAUGAAACAGUGGCUACGUGGAAAACU